AUGCCCGUUCCAAUCAAGUUCGAGUGGUCAGAAACGUCGGAUACGGUAGCAUUCGCUCUCUGUAUUCCUGUGUUGUCCAGCUUCCACACGCCUGAUGUCCGUAGAAUCAUUUCACCACUCUACAUACGCAUUAGCUCGCCGCCAUACUUUUUCGAAGUUGACUUGUUUGACGAAAUCGAUGAUGAAACUGUAGAUGCAUCGUUAUCAGGUGCCCACCUCGUUCUUCGGCUCAGAAAAAAGAAAAGUGGAAUUUGGAAAGCGUUUUGUGCCACCGAUAAUCCUGAAGUUACCAAAGAGAGUUUGUUGGCAAGAAGGGAAGCUUCAAUCAAGAUCUAUGAACGGAAACAACAGGAGCGACGACAGAAGCUCAAAGAGCGGAAGUACGACAAACGAAAAUCAGCGCAGGAAGAGCAGUGGCGUUUGGACAGUGGAGCCCGUCAGUGGCUUGAAUCGCAGGCAGAGAGUGAGAAACUUCGGGCACUCCACACACUAUACAAUGUACCUGAAAAUCCGGAAGAUCAGGCAUAUUCUUGCAAGGAAAUAACAAAAGACAGUCACCCUCCGGUCGCUUCCGUGUCGUUGCUACAUGCACGAAGCAUCAAUGAAAGGAGGACUGCUGGAAAAUUAUUUCAAGUCAAAGGUGGUGUUGCCCAUCGAUCUCAGGAACGUCCGGUGGGAGUUCAGGUUGUGCAGAACAGGAAGCAUGAAAAUCCUGUUCCAAAGACGCCGUUCAUUUUAGACGUUGAGAGUCGUCCAGACGCGGCACUUGAGGAACAUGACCUGUCAGACCGCAGCAGUAGGGAAGAGUGUAGCACGCCAGGCGAAUGUCGCCUGGAUGAUUCUGCACCAGGGAAGAAGAGAAUUACACUGACUUUCACGACACGGAGGAGAAAACGUCUUCCUGCAAGGGGCAACAAAGUGCCACCCCUCCCCAAAAGUGGGCAACACAUCUCCGCCAUACAACCUCCGAUGGAUGGUCGCGCCCUCCGCGAGGAAAACUCCGAGUGGCUGAAGCAGAAGGGAGAUAGUAUGCUGAAAAAUGGAGAUCUCCGAAGGGAAGGGACACACUCUCCUUUACAAACAAGCAACGUCGUGUGCAGUGUACUAUGCCCCCAUGAAAAAAGCCUGAAGGUUCACUGGCCCUUGCCCGCGCUCCUCGCAGGCGGGGGGGGAGAGGGAAGGGGCAGCGUCCUUUGGUAUCUCGUGGAAGGUCUACGGUUGUCAUUUAUUGCAAGGGCGGAAACAAUUCUCGAAGACGCUCUAAAGGAUACAUCAGAGCUUCCUGUGGUCCACGCGAAGAGCCUGCAGACUGAUCUAUAUCACAUCAAACAGCUUUACCCGAUUCUCUUGAGAAAGAGACAAGCUGACAGUUAUAUGCGGAACGCGGUCCAUCGCAACAGACGCGUGACAGCGUCCAAUUAUCAGUCGGGCCAUCCUUCGGAACUCCGUGGUAGUCACCAUCUGGAGGAGACAGUCCGAUUGUACACAGAUCUGCUACAUGAAACAAGACAAGAUCCGGCGUUCGGCCUGUUGCAGGCAUUGUAUUUUGUCAACAGAGCACUUGCGUGUCUACAAGCAGGACAUGUCCGUGCAUGCGUUGUAGAUUGCGACGCAGCCUCUGAGAACUUAAAUGCAGCCAGCCUAACACCUACCUGUUGGACCAGAAAGGAUGAACAGCAAAGAAAAUCUUCUGUUUCUGUUCAACAAGGACGGGCAGCUGAGGCCAGCUCAUCGUUCGAAGCGUUUGCCUUCGUACCUAAGAGCGAACACACAGUGAAAUCUCUCUGGACGAAGGCGCGACUCCGAAAAGCUGCGGCUCUGGAACACUCUGGUCUUAUGGAAGAUGCACUCGAGCAGUUGACGAGUGUGAUGGAAACAAACGCCUCUGACGCUGAAGCAACACAAAACGCGACGAGGGUUACCAAGAAGUUACUCGUUUCCCGUCACGGGAGGGAAAAGGUCUCAACAGCAGUCGAAGUUAAAUCUCCAACCAACAGCAACAAUACCUCGAUUGGAGCCGAAUCGGGUAGAAGACUCGUCGAUGCUUCGGAGUCUUCUGAAAUCGAAACGUUGGAACUCCUGUUCGCCGCAGCGGGCGCUCGUAUGAAAAGACAGGAAUAUCGUGCCGCUUUACAACUUUACCACAACGCAUUCACACUUGAGCAAGGCUGCCCCGAGGCUAGCGAACCAAAGUCAUUGCAAAGCUGCGUCAUGAUGCAGGUCCACCGCAUUCGUGCUCUUGCAAAUGCCAGUCUUUGCCUUCUCAAAUUAAAUCUAAGCGAGCACGUGGUGAACGUUGCGACUUUGGCGCUCAAAGAGAUCCAGAAGCUGAAAAAACUGGGCGCUUUUGAGAGACGAAACGUGAUUCCCGACGAAGUCUUGAAGAUCGAGCUUGCAUGCAUAUCGAGACGGUACGGGUAA